CAUUUGCCUACAUCAGGGAAGGAUUUGGUUGCCGAGUGCUGAGCCGGAGAGGUGAGUUCCGAUUCUUCGACGUCGCGCCCGCCACCGCCGUGAAUCAUGGUUAAGCAUAACAAUGUUAUACCAAAUGGGCACUUCAAAAAGCACUGGCAGAACUAUGUGAAAACAUGGUUCAACCAGCCUGCCCGCAAGACCAGGAGAAGAAUAGCAAGACAGAAGAAGGCUGUCAAAAUUUUCCCCAGGCCAACAGCUGGACCCCUUCGUCCAAUUGUACAUGGGCAGACAUUGAAGUACAACAUGAAGGUCAGAGCCGGCAAGGGAUUUUCUCUGGAGGAGCUAAAGGCUGCAGGCAUCCCAAAGAAACUUGCGCCAACUAUUGGCGUUUCUGUUGAUCAUCGCCGUAGAAACUGUUCUUUAGAGGGUUUCCAAGCUAAUGUUCAGAGAUUGAAGACAUACAAAGCCAAGCUUGUUGUCUUUCCACGUAGGGCUAGAAAAUUCAAGGCUGGUGAUUCUACUUCAGAGGAGCUGGCGACAGCCACACAAGUCAACGGUGCUUUCAUGCCAAUUACCCGUGAGAAGCCGACUGUUGAGCUUGUUAAGGUUACUGAUGAGAUGAAAUCAUUCAAGGCCUACGACAAAUUGCGUCUGGAGCGCACAAACGCCCGCCAUGUCGGUGUUAGGGCCAAGAGAGCAGCCGAAGCCGAGAAGGAAGAGAAGAAAUAGUGAGAGGGAAGAGUGCAUUUCAAGUUUAGGACAAAUCUUGCAUCAGUUUUUAUUUCUUCUUCCUGAAUAUGUAUGUGAAUCAAGGGGAUCUAUAUUUUGUUUUGAUCACAUUUUUUUCAUCAUUCUCAGAGAUGCUUGACACUCUAAUGCUUCCUUCUUUUAAUGAAUGUUUCAGAAUUUUGAUAUC